ACAUUAUACGUUAAUGUUUAAUUAAUAAAAUUAAAAAUUUUUUUAUUUUCUUCUUUUGUAGAAAAAAUGUUGCGACCACGAAUAGUGUCCUUCUUUCGACGAGAUACAUCCGUUUUUAUAUAUGCCUUUUGCAAUAACCUUCAUACGUCACAAAUUUCAGCAGGAUAAAUUGAAACGAAAUAAAAGCUGUGAACCUAUAUCCGUAGCCGUAAUAUUAUGCGGAUGUGGUAGACUUGACGGCACCGAAAUUUCAGAAGCUGUUUCAACAGCCAUACAUUUACGGCAUAAAAAGAUGAAACCAUUAUUUUAUGCUCCGGACAUUGAGAUUCGUGGUGUAGUCAAUCAUCUUACCAGAGAAAUGGAUACUAAAAGUUCCAGAAAUGCUCUCGUUGAAGGUGCCAGAUUAGCAAGAGCGUGCAUAAAACCUCUAUGCGAGUGCGAAGUUUGUACACAUGGUGCCCUUAUUAUACCUGGAGGAUUUGGCGCUGCACGCACUUUGAGUAAUUUUGCCGAGAAGGGUACUGAUUGUACUGUUCUACCUGACUUGGAGAAGCUCAUCGAAGAUUUUUAUUGCGAAAACAAACCGAUCGGCACUAUGUGCAUAGCUAGUGCACUUGUUGCUAAAGUGUUAAAGGGUGUAAAAGUUACACUUGGCAAGGAAUCACCUAAAAAAGACUGGCCAUAUGCUGAUGCUAUCAAGAAGGUUAAGGCUAUGGGCGCUAAAAUAGAAAUGAAAGAUGUUAAAGGAGUAACGUUAGACAAAAAUUACGGCGUUCUCAGUACACCAGCCUGGUUGUAUGAACCAGCUACUUAUGCAGAUGUUUAUGAUGGUAUUGGUAAACUUGUCACAAUGUUAAAAAAAUGCAUCAAUAAGUAAUUCGUAUGCAAAUGUUUCUAAAAGUUACAUAU